AUGACAAACAUCCUCUCUCAGCAGAUCCCACUUCGGAUGACAGGGCUCGGGCGUUUCGUGGGCCAAUAUGCGCAGAACCUACGGGUUGCUGAAAUGCAGUGCUCAAAACAAUAUCGCGUCUGCACGACUACGACAAUGACGGGAGCCAUAUUUAUCGAAGCAUUUACACCAGUCAUUAUUCUCACAGCCGCUUUGUUCUGGACCACUUUCCCAGGAGGUUUUACUGCUUUGCAGGCAUUCCCCAUUCUCGCUCUCAUUAUAAUAGUACAGUCGCCACUCUUUUAUCUCAUCGAUACACUCGGGAAUCUACUGCGUGCCUGGGCAUGUUUCGACCGCAUCCAAGCAUACUUGCAAAUUCCCGAGUGGGAGGACCCUCGAAAAUUUCGCGGCGCGAUCACUGAUUCUGACAACGCUACAAAAAAGAAAGCCGAGAAGCAGAUCAGACAACAGGGUAGCGGCAUGACGACUGAUAUGGUGUUCGAAUUUAUUGAUGCGUGGAUAACACCGCCAGGAAGUCCCCAUCCCAUUUUGAAAAACGUCAAUUUACAGAUACUGAGAUCUCGAGUUGUUGCACUGCUUGGCCCUAUCGCCUGCGGCAAGUCUACCUUUCUCCGAUCCCUGCUUGGUGAAGCAAAUCUACAGCAUGGAGCCCUUCACGUCGCAGAAAAAGGCUUAGCAGUUGCGUUCUGCGACCAGACCCCUUGGCUUCACAACGGAACACUACGAGACAAUGUUCUUGGACCGAAGCCCUACGACGAAAGGUGGUAUCGAACGGUGAUAGAACGAUGCCAACUUCUCGAUGAUUUUGCACAAUUGCGCAAUGGGGACCAAACUGUGGUGGGAAGCGACGGUAUGAAUCUGAGUGUCGGCCAACGCCACCGUGUCAGCCUAGCAAGAGCUGUGUAUACCCUGGCCGACGUCAUUGUCGUAGAUGACAUCUUUAGCUCACAGGAUCAAAUCACUGCUAAAGCCAUCAUUCAGCAAUUGCUAGGAAUAGAUGGCCUUCUGAGGCAGUCGAAAACCACCGUUGUACUGGCUACUCACUUGAGUGUGGUCCUGGAUGUCUGCGAUGAGGCAUUGCUUUUUGAUGGCGAAGGGAAUCUUACUCGGAACACAGUCUUCGAUAAAGCUGAGCUCAAGAAGGAGCUAGUGACAGGCAUGGACGUUACAAAACAAAUGUGCGCAGCUUUCACGGACUUUGGCCGUGAAGCCGAGCACAUGCGGGAGACGCAUUUUGGAAACGGGACGGCGGCUGUGACAACCGAGUAUGCACCAUCGAACAACAUACGUACACGCGGAGAUUUUGGACUGUACCGAUUUUAUUUCCGUGCUCUCAAAAAUCCUCGGUUCUUUCUAUGGAUUGCGACAAUGGUGGUUGUAACGAUUUGCGACAACUUUCCUAAUGGCUACGUACGAAUAUGGGUGGACAAGGAUCCGAAUAAUAAUCUGUAUUUGCUGGGGUUUGCACUCCUUGCAUUUGGCAGGGUGGCUGUUGGCCUAUGGAGUCAGCGAAUGUUCUAUCUUCGGAUCCUGCCAGAUUCCGGGGAGCAACUGCACCAAAUGCUGCUGGACGCAUUAGCAGAUGCCACUUUGAGUUACAUAUGCACGGUGGACAGUGGAGAGUUGCUGAACAGAUUUAGUCAGGACAUGAAUCUUGUUGUACAAGCCCUACCAUUGGCAAUGUACAGAUUCGUCUUCAUGGUAUUCUCCACCGUCAUUGAGCUGGGCUUCGUCCUUGCCGGAGCGUCCUACGCAACAAUUGCUCUCCCUUUUGUCCUGGGAAUUAUAUAUGCCAUUCAGAAGUACUAUCUUCGGACAUCGCGCCAGCUGCGUCAUUUGGAUCUGGAAGCAAAAACGCCACUUUUUGUUUGUUUCAAAGAGACAGCCAAUGGACUGCCGCACAUCCGAACAUUUGGUUGGUCCGAACCACAGCUGCAGCGAAACUUAACCUUUGUGGACGAGUCCCAAAACCCUACUACCAAAUGUUUUGUGUGCAGCGUUGGCUAG